UUUAAAAGUUUUAUUUUCCCAGGAUUCAUUACUUUUAUUUUUCAAAAAAUAAAGAUUUUCUCUAUAAUGGAAUAUAAUAAUAGUGAAAUGUCUGAUUGUUCUUCCAAUUCUGAUGGUGGUUCUUUUAUUAAUUGUGAAAAGGAAUCUACAUUGAAAAAAAUUGCAGAACUUAAAAAAAAAAUUAUGAAACUUGAAAAUACUUCUAUUAAAAAGGAAAAGACAAAGAGAAAAUCGAACCAAAAACUUGUAGAUAAAGAAUCUUUUGCCAUAACAAAUAAAACAAAAGGAUCAUCAAAUCAAAGUUGUUUAAAGGAUAAAUCUUUUAAUAAUAAAUAUAAUAGUAAAAGUCAGCCAACCCUCUCUGAAGAAGAUGAUACUGAAUUUUCUAGUGAUGAACCUAAACAGGAAUCAAUGAGACUUUUAGUAGCUGAAAAACUUUAUCCUCUAUAUCCUACCACCGAAUAUCGUGAUAUGCCUAUUAAUGAAAUUAAUAAAUGUAUUGAUAAGUUUCAUAAGAAAAAUCCAUCCUUUCCAGAAACUGUUAGUGAUUGGGCGGAACGUGAGAUGAUUUGUUUACAUAUAAAUUAUAGACGGUCAAUUCUUAAUCUUAGCGAAAUGCAUAAGACAAAUAUUUCUGUUAAUAAAGCUAAGAUCCGAAAACCAAAUGGUAAUAGUAAAAGAGCCAAAAAAAGGAAAUAAACUAUUAACAAAAAAUCGAAUCAUGAACCAUUAUUGGUAUCCAACAGCCUGAAUAUAGAAAGUUUGGAAAGGCUUGAUAAUAAUAAAUCUUUACCAAAAUUAUUAGAAGCCGUUGAUGUCUCCCAGCUUAUUCUAAACGUCCUGGCCAUAAACAUAAAAUAACACAAUCAUCUGAUAAAGAAGAAGCCAUUGAAGAUGUUGAAGUUGUAAGAAUUCUUCCAGCAAAACAUCCUGGUCG